AUGACUUUAAAAUCUAUUCGCCUAGGCCCCAAGAUGUAUAUGUUUCCCAAUGAGCAUCUAAAAACGUUUUGUCCGGUUUGCCACUGUCUUCCAGCAACAUUGAGCCUCCGCCAAGGUCGGCCUUCCGACGCCCUCAAGCUUGCAAGCACCAACAACCCCUUGGUGGAAUUGGCGCCAGAGUCAAGUGGGCGCAUGGAAGCCUCAUCUUUUGAGCAAUUACAUUCCUGCUGCGAAAACAUUGCCUUGGCUAUCACCAACCUCCGCGGGCUCACCAACUCGAAGGACAUAUCAUUUGCUUUGCUUGCAUCAUUUAUGGCGUCUGGAAUUUGUGGUGUUUUAUUUGGGCCCCUGCAAGCCCGUUACUGCCCCCCCACUGGUGCAGCACAAAUAAUCAGUAUGCUGAAAGCUUUGAUUGAUCGAGACUUCAGUCUCCCUAGUGAGAAUUUUUGGACCCACAAUCACAUCUCCUAG